AUGGCUUCUUCUUCCUCUUCUCGGGUCUCCCAGCUAGGCGUCAAGGCGGCGCUGCUGGCGGCCGUCUGCCUUGUCCUCCACGGCGGCGGGAGUAUGACGGCGGCGGAGCUGUGCGUGGGCUACUACGACGACACUUGCCCGGACGCGAUCUCGAUCGUGCAGGGAGUGCUGGAGGAGGCGCACCAGUCGGACCCGCGCAUCUUCGCCAGCCUCAUUCGCCUCCAUUUCCACGACUGCUUCGUGCAGGGCUGCGACGGCUCGGUGCUGUUGGACACCUUCGACGGGUUCGAGUCCGAGAAGGACGCGCGCCCCAACAAUGGUUCGGCGCGGGGCUUCCCCGUCGUUGACGCCGCCAAAGCCGCCCUCGAGGACGCCUGCCCCGGCGUUGUCUCCUGCGCCGACAUCCUUGCCAUCGCCGCCGAGAUCUCCGUCGAGCUGUCUGGAGGACCCGGGUGGAGCGUGUUGCUGGGGAGGCUGGACGGCCUCACCUCCAGCAAAGCCGACGCCGAGAAUCUGCCAGGCCCCUUCGACGGCCUGCCGGUCCUGCGAGCCAAGUUCCGGAAUGCCACACUUGACGAUACUACUGACCUUGUCGCCCUCUCAGGUGCCCACACUUUCGGCCGUGUGCAAUGCCAGUUCGUCACGGCCCGUCUGUAUAAUUUCAGCGGGACGAACCAGCCUGACCCGACCCUAAACCCCGCCUACCGGGCGUUCCUAUCACAGAGAUGCCCAAGGAACGGUGAUGGAUCAUCGCUAAAUGACCUUGAUCCAACGACACCCGACACCUUUGACAAUAACUACUACACGAACCUCGAAGUGAACCGUGGCUUCCUUCAAUCUGACCAAGAGCUCAAGUCAGACCCAGGCGCAUCGACAACAACGGCGCCGAUCGUCGAUAGGUUUGCCAGCAGCCAAGAUGCCUUCUUUAGGAGCUUCACACAGUCUAUGAUCAAGAUGGGGAACAUUAGGCCGGUGACGGAUCCAUCCCUGGGAGAAGUCCGAACCCAGUGUGCAUUUGUCAAUGACAGUUAGGGAGAAGACCACGUGGACAUGUACAAGUGUUGCAUGUGCCCUCGACAUAUGUAAUCAUGGAUGUAAGAAUAAACUUUUCUCUUACUGUCCAGUUCAACAAU